ACUAUGGAGUUUGUCUGCCGGUAUUCCUGAUUAAGAGCUUGUGUUUUCAAAGUUAUUGACUCGAUCGCAUUAGGAAGACCGUGGGUAAUAAAUACUCUAUACUCAAUGAACCUUAUAUUAAAAAGUUGGCCGCGCUAGCUGUUAUCUAAUAGUUUAUGGAGUCUUCAAAGGCUGAUUUUAAUACAAUUUCCUGCAGUCAUUCUGAAUUCAAGGAACACGAACUUCUGGGAAAGUUUUGUAAGAACUGUGGUCUUAUUUUAGAUCAAAAAGAACUAGAAAGCAAAAUUGAAAAUGAAACUUUUUUUACGGGAAGGACUAAAGAUUCAAUCUUCAACAAAGACUGGAAAAAUCACAAAACCAUUGAAAACUUGGCUGUCCUGUUAAACAUUAAUAGUAAAAAAAUAAUGCUUAGAAGUCGCUAUAUAAUGUCGGAGCUUAUGUCAACUAAAACCCUACCUGCUCGCUUAGCAAGUGGAAAUACAGCGGAAAUCGUAGCAGCUUGUUGUUUGCAGUUCGCAUGCCUUGAAAACAAUAUUUUUCUUGAUAACAAAGAGCUUGCUGGAGCUGCUGACUGCGACUUUUCUAAAUUAGUUUCUGCUUUAAAAUUUCUUCGAAAAUUAUUGUAUAAACUUAAUAUUGCCCCGCAAAUAGCAAAAAAAAUUGACAUAAGUGUUAGAGCGAGAUCAAUAGUAGAAGCUCUGUCGGAGUCGUUAAAAAGAGAUUUCGCCAUUAAGAAUUAUAGAAUUCUUCAAGAUAUAUGCGAUUUAGCAAACUUGGCAAAAGCCCAUUACAUGUUUGAAGGUGUUAGCGACAACCAGCUCCUGGCAGUAUGCAUUACUGUAGCUCUACAACUUCUCGGAGUGGAUUAUGCCUGUGCCAGACGACUUUCUUGCGAACGGCUAAACAUUUCGUUUCGGUCGCUAACGACCAAGGUCAAGCAUUAUUACCAGUCGCUAGUGAAGUUGUUAGAAAAACAUUCUUUCGCUUGUGCCCUGGCUCCCCCGCUUUUAAGUGUAAAGGGUUUGCCUAAAAAUAAUGUAUUUUUAUUGGAUGUUAAAGCUGCCUUGAACCACUACAAAGAAUGCCCAACAAAGGACGAGCUCCUAACAGACCCUGAGUAUCAUUGCCUUUUAAACACUAUAGUUGCAACGAACACUAAGGCGUCAAGUAAGGAGCUGGAUAAAAAAAGAAAUUUUGCCGACAACUCCCAGAAAGCACCACACAAAAGUGACCACGCGAGUUUGGUGGAGUCCAGCAGUGAGAAUCAGCAGCGUCUGUUGAAGGUCGCCCAGUACAAGGAGUGCGUCCAGAACCGGAGAUCCCCGGAGUUAGCCCUUGAUGCCGAGGACCUCGUGGUCCUUAAGCUUGUGCUCUACGGCCUUGAGGAUCUAAUUUGUAUCGGCCAAUGGGAGGAAGGCAAAGAUUUAAUCCAACAGUUGUACCGAAAAAAAUAGAACUCCG